AAAUUUAUUUGGGUAGGGUCUGCACUCCCAUAAACGACCUCGUUAACUCAACGACUAAACGACGUCGUGGCAAUAUUCUAGUAGCCUCUUCUCUCUUCUUCCUCUGUUUCUUACAAAUUGUGCAAACAAAGUAACGAACCAGAGGCAACCGCCAUAUUUACAACUUCCAAUAUCUUAAAAUACUCCUUUUUUACACAUUUAUUCAUUUCUAUCUUCAUUAAAUGGUGAAGAAAUUCAUCAUACAUCAUCGACUAAGAUAAUUAAUCAAAAUCCCUCUUUUUAUCAGCUAUGAUUCAGGUCCCAAAUUAUUAAAAGUAUUAUUAGAAGUACAAAUUGAGUGAAAAAAGAUCAGGAAUGGCUAUUGCAGAAGGAAUUCUGCAUUAUUUUUCUGGGCCUGCUCUUUGGCAUCCAAUCCUUCAAUCUGAUUCUGUUCUUAAAUCCAACUUGAGUUACUCAGGUUUUUUGACAUGCACUAAAAAUUUAAAGGGUUCAAGGGGGAAGAGAAAUCUCCUGAAAUUCGAUAGUUGUUACCGGAGGAUAAAUUAUGUUCCUCCUUGGAGAAGUAGUAGAGCUAAGAGGCUUGGUUGUUUGAGUUCAGAUGGUUUAAAUGGACCCUUGUAUUCUAGUGGGGAUGACGAGUUUAAACCAAAUUCAAAUGAUGUUAAUGCUAAUCUACAUGUUAAUGAAGUCAUAUCCAGUGAAAAGUUAGCUGCUGCAGCAGCAAAAAGUGAGAAAGCAUUGAGGGUUAAUGCGGAUUCAAUAGAGGAUGAGGCGUGGGAGCUACUUAGAGAAUCCAUUGUUUACUAUUGCGGUAGUCCUGUGGGAACGAUUGCAGCUAAUGAUCCAACCUCCACAAGUAUUCUGAACUAUGACCAGGUCUUCAUCCGUGACUUUGUGCCUUCUGCAAUGGCAUUUCUUUUGAAGGGCGAGUAUGAAAUUGUUCGGAACUUCAUCCUUCACACCCUUCAAUUGCAGAGCUGGGAGAAAACCAUGGAUUGCCAUAGUCCAGGGCAAGGGUUGAUGCCUGCCAGCUUUAAAGUACGAACUAUUGCCCUAGAUAGCGAUGAUUCUGCUACUGAAGAAGUACUAGAUCCUGAUUUUGGUGAGGCAGCAAUUGGCCGUGUUGCUCCAGUUGACUCUGGACUUUGGUGGAUUAUAAUGUUGCGAGCGUAUGGAAAAUGCACUGGAGAUCUCUCAGUACAAGAAAGGAUUGAUGUUCAGACUGGAAUGAAAAUGAUUUUGAAGCUGUGUCUUGCUGAUGGUUUUGACAUGUUUCCAACUCUGCUGGUGACUGAUGGCUCUUGCAUGAUAGAUCGUCGUAUGGGAAUUCACGGUCAUCCCCUUGAAAUUCAGGCAUUGUUUUAUUCGGCAUUGCUCUGUGCACGUGAGAUGCUCACUACUGAAGAUGGAUCAGAUGAAAUUAUAAGAGCACUUAACAGUCGGUUGUUUGCUCUAUCAUUUCACAUCAGGGAGUACUACUGGAUUGAUAUGAGGAAACUCAAUGAAAUUUACCGUUACAAGACUGAAGAAUAUUCGUUUGAUGCAGUAAACAAGUUCAAUAUCUACCCUGAACAAAUCCCACCAUGGUUAGCAGAGUGGAUGCCUGAAAUAGGUGGGUAUCUGAUAGGAAACCUGCAACCUGCUCACAUGGAUUUCAGAUUCUUCUCACUCGGAAACUUCUGGUCAAUAGUAAGCAAUCUGGCAACACCAACUCAAUCACAUGCCAUAUUAGAUUUUGUUGAAGCAAAGUGGGCUGAUCUCGUGGCAGAUAUGCCCUUCAAAAUUUGUUAUCCUGCCCUUGAAGACCAAGAGUGGCGAAUUGUCACAGGAGGUGAUCCAAAGAACACUCCUUGGUCAUAUCACAAUGCAGGUUCAUGGCCUACUUUGCUCUGGCAGCUAACUGUGGCAUGCAUCAAGAUGAACAGACCAGAGAUCGCAGAGAAAGCUGUGAAAAUUGCUGAACAGCGUUUAUCCAGAGACAGAUGGCCUGAAUAUUACGACACAAAGGGAGCUAGGUUCAUUGGUAAACAGGCACGCAUGUUUCAGACAUGGUCUAUCGCAGGUUAUCUGGUAGCCAAACUCCUCCUUGCCCAACCUCAGAAGGCCAAGAUCUUGAUUAAUGAAGAGGACUUGGAUCUUGUUAAUGCUUUCUCUUCUAUUAGUGCUAACUCACGGAGUAGGAAACGAUCUAGAAAGGGACACAAACGGAGUUACAUUGUCUGAGUUGCAAGGCACCUUUCACUGGAUGAAGUAGCCACCUCCACAGCCAGUUCAAAUGCAAAUCAGAGCAAGCCAUGUUUCAUUGACCAAAAAAAAAUCAGUUGUGCAACAUCAUUUUCUUAUAUAUUGGUAUGAUAUAAGUUAAGUUUUGAAAUACACAUCUAGAUGUGGAGCUAAUGACUUUCAUGAUUCAUGCUUUUGUUGUAAAUAUGUUCACGUCUUGUAAUAAAAGUGCAGAUAUGUUUUCAAA